UAAUUAAAUUUAAAGAAUUUGCAUGCUGCGUCAAUCAGCAAGAGGCUAUGAAUUGAUUCGAGGUUAGUCAAUUAGGUAAUUCUUUUAAGCGUUCCGGUUUUUGCAAGAGGGUAUCAACCACGGCAGCACACUUGGCAAUACCGUAAAUGGACAAGCGGCAACUGACGGCUAGCAAACAGCUGUUGAACGUAUCAAAUUCUAAAAAAAUUUCAAUAAAAGUCAAAGUUGCAAAACUGGUGUUUGUUUUUAUUAUUACUUAGAAACAUAAUAAAACUUCAAUAUGGUGCGUGUAGGCCUGCAAAUCUCAGCAACUUUAGAGAAUAUAGAAAGUCUGGAAACCAAUCAUCCGGAUUAUCCAUUUUUCGUGAAAGUGAAAUGUACAAAUUGCGGCGAAACAUCCGAUAAAUGGCACGAUAUAACCGAAUCGGAGCGUUCGCAAGGGGGUGCAGAUACACGUAAUCCUGAAGGCUUUAAUUUCUAUAUGAAAUGCAAAAUGUGCAGUCGGGAGAAUAGCAUUGACAUAGUGGAGAAGACAAAUGCACCUUACACUCGGGAAGAUGCAGACAAAUUCAAAACUAUUGUUGUCUUCGAUUGUCGCGGUGUUGAGCCGGUCGAGUUUUCACCACGUGCUGGUUGGAUAGUAAAAUCUGCAGAAAAUGGGCAAACAUUCGAGGAUGUUGAUCUGUCGGAAGAUGAUUGGGUUGAAUAUGAUCAGAAGAAUAGGCAGUCGAUUGGUGUGUACGAAUUCGCGUCGCAGUUUAUAAAAUUGAAGAAAUAGAGCGCGCCGGCACACGAGAAGCUGGGAACUCGUUUUAAUCUUAGAAGCUGCCAAGAAAAUUUAAUUUUUAUAAAAUGCAUAGAUAUUAUUUAUUCUAUACUUUUUAAUCUGAUGCAUUUGUUGAAGUAAACUUUUUUAUCUGAAAUUAAAUAAAAAUCCAAAUGAAUUUAUAGUCUUACAAAAUUUAAA